UCUUCAAAUAGCUUCUGGAUGUUAUGAUGGUGGAUCCAUAGUUAUCGAUAUGAUGUAGACUUACUCUUCGCCACCCACAGUGCACCUGCAAUAGUUGAUGCAUAUGGGUGUUCAUUCUCAUAUUACGUACGCCGUAUAAAUGACAAUUCCGGAGUACAUCAGCCUUUCAAGCAAUCCUGAGGCAGGAAAAGUUACUUGGUUUAUGGUAACCAACAUGGGGGAGUCUGGUUCUUGAUGGGAGCUUUAACGCUGCUACUUUGCACCUUGACUGGCAGGUCCUUGCAAGGCUCUUCGUCAUUCAAGAGAAUAAUAAAAAGGACUACCAUGUUAAUUUGUUAAAAGUUGGCCAUUUAUGCAUGAUAUUUGAACUUGAAGCAGUAAUAUGUGAAUUCUCUACAGAGUAAUCCCUCUCCACCUCCACAAAAGGAAAAGAAUGGAAGGAAAACAGGGUGGGAGGAGACAAGAAAUCAUGGUAGCAAACGGACCCUGGGCCAGCGAUUGAUUUAGAACGCUUGUAUCGGCUAAACUUUUCGUUUGCGGUGCCUUUUGAGCCGCGCGCCCCAACUUAUUGGCGGUGAGACCUUACUCGUGUUGUCCUUCUGGUAAAGCGGACAAAGGGAGUCGAAAAAACGACAGAGGGAGCAACGAGGGCGGAGCAGUUGGGCUUGUGGUGGUACAGUCGAAGGCCAGGAUGGCUGCCGUGAAUUUUCUGCUGAGGCGUUCGAGCCCUUCCAUGAAGAAAGUGGCGGCGCAAAUGUUGGGAACCCGGGGUUAUGCAGUUUCGGUGGGCACCGACAUUGUCGAGUCUGCGCCCAGUGUCUCCCUUCAGAAGGCUCGAUCCUGGGAUGAAGGCGUCUCUUCGAAAUUUUCUACAACUCCCCUCAAAGAUAUAUUCAAGGGCAAGAAGGUCGUCAUAUUCGGCCUCCCUGGUGCUUACACUGGGGUUUGUUCAGCUCAGCAUGUUCCUAGCUAUAAGAAUAACAUUGAGAAGUUCAAAGCAAAGGGUGUUGAUUCCGUUAUCUGCGUUGCUGUUAAUGAUCCUUACGUUUUGAACGGUUGGGCAGAGAAGCUGCAAGCUAAGGAUGCUAUUGAAUUUUAUGGGGACUUUGAUGGGAGUUUUCACAAAAGUAUGGAAUUGGGCGUGGACCUCUCAGCUGCCUUGCUUGGACCACGUUCACAUAGAUGGUCGGCAUACGUGGUCGAUGGAAAAAUCAAGGUAUUUAAUCUUGAGAAGGCCCCUUCAGAGUUUGAGGUUUCAGGGGGAGAUGUAAUCCUGGGGCAAAUCUGAGCUUGGCUUAGGGUUAUCUCUGCAGCAAAUUUUCUUCUUUUCAAGUAAUCUUACCGGUCAAUGUAAUAAGCAAGCAUCUUUUGCCUGAGAAGUGCCACUAUAUUUAGAUUUGCUACUCUUACCAAUGAAUGACUUCUUGACUGAAGUUUGGCAGGAAGAUUUGGCUUUUCCAUUUCCUUUUUUA